UCCUCUCAUGUUGUAGAUCCUAUAUUUGAAUGAUGUAGGUAUCAAAUCUAUUCAACAAGUAGUUAUAAUAGACUCAGAUGAAAAGUGAACUCAAAUAAAUAACUUUUAGCAGAUGCAUAGCAAACCUGUUGGAGUUUAUCUAUAUCAAGUUCGUCUGUUACCGAUUCCAUAGAUUUCACAAGGACUCUUUCUGCAGACGAUCCUCUAGAUUGCUUCUCUGGCCCCUUUUCCGUACCAGAACCAUUACCUACUGUGGCUACAGAAUGAAUGCAUAAAAAUAUAUUAACAACCUAUAUUCAAAGAGUUUAAAUGUUGGGUCGAAUUUUUUUCUGGGAGACAAGAGCAAUUGAUCAAUAUUGAAAUGAAUAUCAGUAAACGUCCAGACAAAUGUAAGGAGUUCCACGAGAAAAAGAAAAACAUUUUAGCAUUUCUUGGAUAUAACUGGAUCGAUUUGAACCAGGUAAUAUCAUUUCAAUUUUGGAAAUUGCGAUGUAUGAUUUAAAAUCAAUAUUAGAGUGAAAUUACCUCACAGAUGUCUAGCGCAAGAUAAAUUCAUAUUUUCAUAUUUAUUGCUCGAUCCAAUGUAGAAACAGCUUACACUCUUUUAAUUUAGCAUCUUUGCAGAGACACGUUCUUCUCAUGUGACAUAAUUUUCGUGAAUGCUGAAGCCGUUGCUUUUCUUCCGAACUGCAGCAGGCACAACAAACUGUUUUUGUGUUUGGCACGGUGCUGCAACAAGACCAUCCCUUUUUGCAAGCAUUCUGCCCUUCUGUUGCCGCUUCCGUAUAGAUUAUACUGCAUGGCUUUCGACGUAAUUGUCCUUUGCCAGUAUUCUUCUGUAGGAUAAAAAAAUCAGUGACAUCACUGGUAUGUUUGCGUUGAGCUUUGCAUACGAGAUUGCAUAGGUCAGAAAGUUACGUUAAUUUUGCCAUGGUUUACCUACCGUUACAUCUCGUUCAGCAAUAUUUUCUAGAGCAGAAUCAGAAGAAAUCAUCUGAGAUGAAUCAUUCAUUUGCCUUAGUGCAGAUAUCGUUUUCAGCUGUUGAUUUAAUCGGUUUAGUCUUACGACGAUAGGGCCAAUACUCAUUCCAGGAUAUACAAAAUUUUCUGGGUUGAUUUAUGAUGAACGAAAUUACAGCACGUCGAAUCUUUGCUGUAUGAUGAACUGCCAAAUUUGCUUGAGGGCAUACCGAUGCAAGAUCCAAUUCUCUGAAGUGAUUAGUAAUCAAACCCAUCAAUCUGCGACUCAAUUUUUUCAUUUGUCCAUAUUUUUUUUCGUGAAAUUUCCAAUGCAGGAGAAUUCUGCAUUUUCUCUCAACACAUUGCAGUGAAAGAUUUUUUAUUGCUCCAUAUUUUACGGUUCAUAUUAUUGCCUAAUUGUUUUUAUAUAAUUACUCGAGGACUUGUAAUUUUUUUACUAUCAAAGGAUGCGUAAGUAAUGGUGGUUUCUGAGUAUCAGAUAUAAAUAAGAAAUGAAUAUGUAAAAGAAAAAUGAGUAUGCUCUGGCGUAAAAAAUAAUGGAGUAUGGAUCAUCGUCAUGUGGGAUAUAAAGUGCCGUAACAAUGGCCGUUGCAGUCUAAGUAAAGGUACCCAGUCGGAUGGCCUGAUAUCUGACACCUCAGAAGAAUUCACAUCGAGCAGCUCAACAGAAAAGUUUGAACAAGGCAUUGUAGUUAAACAAACCAAAGGGCAAGAUAUCCAGGGAGCUUAUAAAUCAUCACAGGUUUCGGUAAACUCAAAGUCAUCGACCAAUUCGCAUGAAUCUCAGACUCAAUGCCAGUUGUACAUCAAAUGGGGUGUUCUGUUAAGUUUUGGAAUCUCUUUAUGGGUCGCCCUGUGGGUGAUGGAAAUAUUCAAUCCAAAUCCAUUUUUAAAAGAGGAUUGGCUUACAGAUAUGACUAAGGUGAAAAAAGUUACACUCAAAGGUGACAUCGUGAACGAUCUCGCUACGCUAAAAUGGGGGUUCCUAGAUCUAUGGAGCGGUAUCGGGAAUUCUAUCAAAUCUAUAACAUCUCUAGAUGUUCUAAUACUCUUGACUUGCGUAACAAUUUUAAUUUACCUGAAUUUUCAUGCGAGAAACAUUUGGACGGGAACUACCGGACAAGACUGUUAUGAUAAAUUAUGUAAAAGUUUAUCAAACACGGAGAUAGAGCAAAGUGAUACUGAGGACAGUAGUUCUCACUCCGGCAUACUAGCGGAAGAACCAAAAAAUGUAUUUAGUCAAGGCGAUAUGAGAAAUUUAACGAUGCCGAACAUCGAAUCGAAAUCAAACAUCAGAGAAGAGACCCGGUCGGAUGACGAUAAUUUAUUUAUGCGCUUAGAUGAUAGUUGCCUUUUAGGUAAAACAAGAAAGUGGUCAUCUGAAAUAUAUGAUGGUAGCAGCUGUAGCACUAUCUGCUGCAAGCACAGCAAUCCUUCUAAAGAUCUGGUUAGAAAUAGAACGAUUUACAACAAGCCCAACUUUAAGUUGAGUUGCACCUCAUCCGAGUCAAAAGAUGGUGAAUUGAAGUCAAAUUUAACGCAUUCGAGUUUCUCUUGCUCGGUAUUCAACAAGAGCGCAAGUUUUAUAUCUGAAAAAAUCGAGACCUGGUUGGAGCUGCCAAAUUCAGAUCAAGCUGACCGAGUAUUGCAUAGUUUUGAUGCGGAGCUUGAACGAUUGUUCAAAGUACGACCCGCCUCAUCCUCCUUAUUUUUCGGCGAGACCGUACAAAAUCAGCACCAAUUCAACACUUCCGCCAUCGACCGUACUAACGAGAAAAAAUCAAAGACUACGAACGUCAGCAAGAGCCAAGGCAUUAUCAGUUCUUCGCCAGCAUUUAAAAAGUUCCUUGAGAACUUAGCUGGGAACACACCUUCGGGAAUAAACACAUAGACUGAGAUUCAUGUCACGCAUUAUAAAGUUUCGUAGCGUCUUUUGCUAUGUUUACUUUAUUCUCUAUUUUUCGAAUAAAAUUUUUAAAUGUU